UGCCGACUGAAUGAAAGCCGCCGCAGAGCUCGGGUCCCCGUCUGGCUGACUGUCUUGGCCAUCAGCACCCUCCUUACCGGAGCUUUGUCCCGCUCAGUUCCCCUUCAUCGUGAACAGCAAUCAGUAGGCAUGGGUACCGCCUCCGAUAUCACGUCCGGUGAUGAGAGCCGUGGCUCCACCCAGCCCGAAUCCAGCCUCGAGCAGAAGGGAGACGCGGACGCCAAGUACACUGUCACCGCCGUUGAUGGCGGCGAUCUCGUAGAGCCUGAGGACCCCGAUCAGUCGCACGGCUUCGUCCAACUCUUCAGGAGAAGAAACCGACCUCGAGAUCUCGAUGCCAUCGCGACCGUCCGCAGCGUCUUCGACGACCCGGCCCUGGCCCGCCACUACUACCCCCAGCCGGGCUACGAGAACCUACAUCGAUUCGACCCAUCCCACCGCUGGACCUACCGCGAGGAGCGGUCGGUGAGACGGAAGACGGACUGGAAGAUCUUCCUGUGGAUUCUCGUCAUGUUCUUCGCGCUCAACAUCGACCGAGGCAACCUCGGCAACGCCGUCGCUGACAACCUUCUCGACGACAUCAACAUCAACACCAACGACUACAACAACGCGCAGAACAUGUACCGCAUCGGCUUCCUCAUCUCCGAAAUCCCUUCGCAGAUGAUCGGCAAGUGGCUGGGCCCCGACAGAUGGAUUCCGGUGCAGAUCAUCCUCUGGAGCUUUGCCUCGGGCGGGCAGUUCUUCAUGCACAACCGGGCGGGCUUCUUCGCCUGCCGCUUCUUCAUCGGCCUCUUCAUGGGCGGCUUCAUCCCCGACGCGAUCCUGUAUCUCUCGUACUUCUACAAGAAGGGCGAGAUGCCGAUCCGCCUGGCGCUCUUCUGGUUUGUCGACUCCAUCUCGGGCGUCAUCGCGUCGUUCAUCGCAUACGGGGUGCUGCACAUGCGCGGCGUUGCCGGCAGGGAGGGAUGGCGCUGGUUGUUUCUCAUCGAGGCGCUCAUCAGCUUCGUCAUCGGAGUCCUGAGCUUCUUGUUUCUGGUUCCGGGUCCCAGCCAGACCAAGACGUGGUGGAACCCGUCGGGCUACUUCUCGGAGCGCGAGGAGAAGAUUAUCGUGAACCGGGUGCUGCGCGACGAUCCCUCCAAGGGCGACAUGCACAACCGCCAGCCCCUGACACUCCCGAUGCUCUGGCGGAGUCUGAAAGACUACGACCUGUGGCCGGUAUACAUCAUCGGCAUGCUCUUCGAGAUCCCCACGGCACCGCCCAAGACGUACCUGACCCUGUCUCUGAAGGCCCUCAAAUUCAACACAUUCGAAGUCACUCUCCUCGGCAUCCCGGUCACCGUGUUCGCCUCCAUCAACCUCCUGUGGAUCACGUACCUGACGGAGCGAUUCCACGAGAUCUCCAUCAUCGGCGUGUUCUCGCAGCUGUGGACGCUGCCCCUGCUCAUCGCGCAGUACCGGCUGGGCGAGAGCCUCAGCCGGCACCCGUGGAGCGAGUACGCGCUGAGCUUCGUGCUGCUGGGGUGGCCGUCGAUGCACGCGGCGCACGUGGGCUGGUGCUCGCGGCUCAGCAACGCGGUGCGCACGCGGGCCGUCAGCGCGGCGCUGUACAACAUCACCAUCCAGCUGUCGGGCAUCGCGUCGUCCAACAUCUACCGCGACGACGACAAGCCGCUGUACACCCGCGGCAACGGACAGCUCAUCGCCAUCAACGUGGCCACUGUUGUGGCGUACGUGCUGGCCAAGGCCUACUACGCGUGGAGGAACGCCAGGAAGCGCGCGGUGUGGGAUAGCAUGAGCAGCGAGGAGAAGUCGCGGUAUCUGGAGGAGAACGAGGCCCUGGGUAACAAGAGGCUGGACUUCAGGUUUGACAGCUAGAGUCUUUGUAUCUGAGAACAACCACAGUUCAGGCUGUGACGGAGGAAUCAGGGGCAGAACCCGGGUGAGCCCAGGCAGCCAUGUAUUGGGAUGAGAGCCAGGAAUGACUGCGAGACGGAAACAUGCUGACAAUGGCACAUCUGUGCGUACAUAUUCAGUUCAUCCAUCCCGAGUCUCCUCCAAAAGCGCCUACAAGCCUACUUAGUCUGCGGCGUCCUCCUGCCCUGGAACAGCCCUCUGAGUUAGCGUAGAAGCCACGGCGUUAACAGAUGUCCCAACAGGUGUGGCCCUGACUCCUCUGGUUUGAGCGUUAAGGGC